CAAGAGUAGCAGACGCUCAGUCUGUUCCGGAAGUGGGUCAAGAGUGAAAACACGGAAUAAAAACUUGAGGAAUAAAUCCGUGGAACACUCUUUUUUAUGUGGGAUUCGUGUUUUUCCCCGUAUGAGGCGGCGCUGCGGGAGUACUGUCGCUGUCAGGUGUUAAAGGAUGGCAGGUGUUAGGGUGUUUUUGGAGAAUCUGCAGAAAAAGCUGAAGAUCGACGUCCUGAGAGAAGCUGGCCGUCAGUAUCCACUCUUCUGCUUCCUGCUGCUCUUCAUGUUCUCUUUAACGGUGCUGCUCAACAGGUAUAUCCACGUCCUGAUGAUGUUCUGGUCUUUCCUGGCGGGAGUUGUAACAUUUUACUGCUCACUCGGACCAGAGUCCUUGCUCCCUAACAUGCUCUUCACCAUCAAGCCAAGGACCACACAGCAUCCACAGCAGCAGGCUUUGUUUCCUCUCGGUCACAGCUGCGCCGUGUGCGGCAAGGUCAAGUGCAAACGCCACCGGCCGACGCUGCUGCUGGAGAACUAUCAGCCGUGGUUGGACCUGAAGGUUUCUUCCAAAGUAGACGCGUCGGUAGCAGAGGUGUUUGAGUUGGUUCUGGAGAACUUUGUGUACCCCUGGUACAGGGUCAUCACUGAUGACGAGGCUUGUGUGUAUGAACUCAGGAUGACCUUUCGCUUCUUUGCGUCGGUGCUGUUCCGACGAGCUCAGAAGGUCAAUGUUCCUGCCGUGCUUUCUGACAAAGUGAUGAAAGCGGUGAUGAAGCACAUAGAAAUUGUUGCCAAAGCUCAAGAAAAAGUUAAGAAUGUGAACGCUCUACAGCAGGCGGCUCUGGAAGAAUAUGGACCCGACCUCCAUGUCGCCCUCCGCAGUCGGAAAGAUGAACUGCAGUACCUGAGGAAGCUGACAGAGAUGCUGUUUCCUUACGUCAUGCCACCAAAAGCCACCGACUGCAGGUCUUUAGCUCUGCUUCUGCGGGAGGUGAUGGCGGGUUCGGUCAUCCUGCCGACCAUGGACUUCAUGGCCGACCCUGAUACUGUGAACCUGAUGGUGCUUAUAUUUGUUGACGACGCCCCACCAGAAGCAGCUACAGAACCUCCGUCCGCCCUGGUCCCAUUUUUACAGCGAUACGCCGACUUCAGCGACAAGAAACUCUCUGUGUUGAAGCUGCAGCUGAAGGAGAUCAGAGAGCAGCAGGACCUCCUCUUUCGUUUCAUGAAGUUUCUGAAGCAGGAAGGAGCCCUGCACGUGCUGCAGUUCUGCCUCACACUGGAGGAGUUGAACAAUAAGAUCCUGAGUCCAGAGCUGAGCGACGACGAGCUGCAGCAUCUCCACGACGAGGUGCGCCGCAUCUAUCAGAUCUACUGCCUGGAAGAAAGCGUUGACAAGAUCAGCUUCGACCCAUUCAUCGUGGAGGAGAUACGGAGCGUUGCGACGGGGCCGUACGGCAGCGUGGUGAAGCUGCAGACGAUGGCCUGCUUGUUUGAAGCGUACGAACACGUCCUCUUCCUGCUGGAGCGAGUCUUCACGCCCAUGUUCUGUCACAGUGACGAAUACUUUACACACCUGCUAAGAGGAGCCGAGUCUCCAACCAGGAACUCCAAGAUUAAUAGAAACGUGUCCAGGCGAGGCGAGACGUUCGGCAUCAGCAGAAUUGGCAGCAGACUCAAAGGUGUGUUUAAGAGCACGACCAUGGAGGGGGCCAUGCUGCUGCCGAGCGCCAUGAAUGAUCUGGACGAUGGCGCCGUUGAAGAGGCGAGUGUCGUCCUGGAGGACGACUGCCCCGCUGAGCUGGCCAGCGCCCCGGGCACCCUGAGGAACCUGUCUGCCUGGACCAUCAGCAUCCCCUACAUCGACCUCUGUGACGACGAAACCAAGAGGGAGAAGAUCCCCGUGUUCUGCAUCGACGUGGAACGCAACGACCGAAAGGAAGUUGGUCAUGAAACAGAGACAUGGUUGGUCUACAGACGAUACGUAGAGUUUUACGUGUUGGAGUCCAAACUCACAGAGUUCCACGGCACGUUUGCAGAUGCUCAACUUCCAUCCAAAAGAAUUAUUGGACCAAAGAACUAUGAAUUCCUGGAAUCAAAGAGGGAAGAAUUUGCAGAGUAUUUACAGAAACUGCUGCAGUAUCCGGAGCUCAGCAACAGUCAGCUGCUGGCCGACUUCCUGUCCCCUCACAGCAUGGAGGCUCAGUUCCGGGACAGGAUGCUGCCUGAUGUCAAUCUGGGGAAAAUUUUCAAGUCCGUUCCAGGGAAGUUGAUGAAAGAGAAAGGGCAGAAUCUGGAGCCUUUCCUGCAGUCUUUCUUCAACUCCUGUGAGCCACCCAAACCUAAACCCAGUCGAACCGAGCUGACCAUCAUCAGCCCCACGGCCCACAAGAAGCUCUCCAGCAGCCUGUUUAAGAACACCACCGACCUGUCGGAGAGUUCAGAGAGGAGACGCAACCGGAACUGCUUCACGGACGUGGUCAGCGUGGACGGCAUGUAUGACUACAUGAUGUACGUCGGUCGAGUGGUGUUCCACAUGCCUGAAUGGCUACAUCACAUUCUGGCCUCUGGAAGAAUCCUGUUCAGGAACACAUUUGAAGCCUUCAUGUACCAGUACAUUGAGUCCAAACUGGAGCAGAUCCUGCAGGAGCACCGCCUGGUGUCCCUCAUCACCCAGCUGAGAGACGCCGUGUUCUGUGAGAGCAGCAUCGAGCGAACAACUGAAGACAAACGCAUCAGAGCCAAGAAGACGUUUGAGGAGAUGCUGAAUUAUAUACCAGACUUUGUGGAGAAGUGUGUCGGCGAGGAGGCAAAGUACGAAGGCGUCCGGCUGCUGUUCAACGGCGUCCAGCAGCCGCUUCUCAACAAACAGAUGACCUACGUUCUGCUGGACAUCGCCAUGCAGGAACUCUUUCCUGAGCUCAGCAAGAGUACAAAGUCCGGCGAUCACGAUCAACUGAGUGAGUUCUGAUGUUUUGUGUUUACUAGUUGCUGCCCCGCCCACAGCAGACCGUGCAGACGAGUGAACCAGACGAGUUGAAUGUUUGCCGGUUACAUCCCAGAAGUGCAAUAUUCAGUUUUCCCAAACCUCCGCCUCAACAUUCCUGUGGAUAUUUAUGAACUAUUAAUAAAGAUUUAUUUAUGGUGUUGCCGUAUUAAGUAUGUGCCAUUUGCACUUUGCAAUUUGAAAUAGAGUGAAACUUUAACGCAAGACUAUAUGAGAAAAACCUAAUAAUUACAUUAUUCCUACUGGGUUUUCCUGACUGGAAAGACAUGGUCAGGAACUUUUCCUACUGUGUGAAAAUCAGAUCGGAAUCCAUGAAUCCAUCUGGAAAGCAUCUGGACUUCCAAAGGGAAUGCCACAGUGGCUUUAGUGUAAACAAGAGUUGAUGAGGAUGAAAUGUUAUAAACUCCUGUUUUUAAUUCCAGUCCAGGAUUAAUGGUAUUUUCCCACUGCUGUUUGAGAGGAAACACUGCUUCCAAUGUCUGAGGAAUUUUCAGACAACACGGGAGAGUAGAUGAAUUCUUUUUGGAGGAUUUUUGGUCAAGUUACAGUUAAAACUAUACAGCUUGUGGUACUGUUUAAAAUAAUGGGUCCAAAAUCAAAUAUCUUUUCAUGCCAAAGAUUCAUGUGGAUUCAAUUUUUUUUUGUACAGAUGAAAAAAUGAAAAAAAAAAACAAAAAAAAAAAAACAACUUGGGACUCUUGCUAUGUUCGACCAAAACCAGCUGUGAUUCAGAACUGCAAGUUUCCAACCUUUUCUGGAGAUAAAAAAAAAA